AAACAGCCUCAGACUAUUGGGGCUAACGGAAGCUUAUUGGACUAAGCACGCCCGGGAAAAGGCUAAGGGACUUGAAGCAAACAACAGUGAAGAUGAAAUUGUAUCUGGUGCUUGCCUUUGUUGCAUUCACAGGUUGCCAAGCCAACCUGUUCUAUGCUGAUGAGCCCAAACCUCAACUGGAGCAGUUGACUGAUGCAUUCUGGAGCUAUGUUGCCAAGGCAACACGUACUGCAGAGGACACUCUGAAAAUGAUUAGAGAGUCUCAGCUGGGUCAGGAAGUCAAUGCAAGACUGACAGAAAGUGCUGAUAAAGCCAGCGAAUAUGCCAUCACACUCAAAAAUCAGAUGAAUCCUCUAGCUGAAGAGCUGAUGAUCAAAAUCACUAAGGAGGCUGAAGUGUUGAGGGAACGUUUGGAGAAGGACUUGACCACAGUGAGAGACAAACUGGAGCCCUAUGCUGAGAAUCUCAAGAGCCAAAUUCAGCAGAGAGUGGAGGACCUCAGAACAGCCAUGGCUCCAUAUGCAGAGUCCCUGGAUUCUGAGACCCUGAAGGCCACUCUGCUCCAAAAAAGUGAGGAGCUGAGAGAGAGCUUGGAGCAGAGCGUGAAGGAGCUGCAGGCUCAACUGGAGCCAUACACUGCUGAAAUCAAAGAGAAGGUGGACCAGCAUCUGCAGGAGUUCCAGAAGACUGUGACCCCCCUGACUGAGGAUCUCCAGGCAAAGAUUGCAGAGAGAGCCCAGUUUGUCCAGCAGAGUCUUGCACCCUAUGCUGAAGACCUGAAGGAAAAGCUGGACCCCUAUGCCCAGAACCUGAAGGCCCAGCUCACCUCCCUGUAUGAGUCCUUUACCAAGACCAACUAAAUUCUUCAGACUUAUUUUGUCACUUACAGAACUGUUUUUCCUUGCAUGAGCAUUGUGACUCUAGUCUCUAGUCUUACCUCUUACUUUUUCAUAGACCAAACACUAAUGUAGAAAAAAAAGAAUGAAAUGUUUUGCUAAAAUCUGAUCAGAGGUUUAGCUUUUCUCAUUAUAACGUUUGUGUAUUUAUUUACAUUUGCUCUUUAUUUUUAUGACAGAAAAUAUUGUUUGUUUCUUGCAGUUUUAUAAGUGCCAAGUUUAGCACUUUUCUUAUUUAUGCAACAAUAAAACACCUGCCAUUUAUUAA